AUGAACGUCGCCUGCCAGUGCGGCUCCAUCGCCUUCCGCACCCCAACCCCCGCCCCGGUCGCUGUAUACCUCUGCCACUGCAACGAAUGCCGCAGGCAGUCCUCCUCCGCCUUUGGCAUAUCCGCCACCUUUCCCGCCGCCGACCCGCCGCCGCUGUCUGACCCUGCCCUUCGCGCACGCCUCGGCGUGUGGUCGCGCGCCACCAAGACAGGCAACACGCUCGACUGCUAUUUCUGCAAGACGUGCGGUGCGCGCAUCGUGCAUCACGGCCGCAGUGCGCAGGGGGUGGCGCGGCCAACGGCGAACAUCAAGGGCGGCCUGAUCGAGGGCCUCAGUCUCGAGGGCGCCUCGCACAUUUGGACCCGCGAAGCCGUUGUGCCUAUUCCCGCCGGAGCUGUCAGCUGGCGCGAGUCGCCGCCGCCGUCGUGA